AUGGGUUGUGGCAAUUCCUCAGCCACCAGCACCUCAGGAGGGGGGCCAGCAGAAGCCUCCAAAGAUGUGACAGAAGAUCCCUCGGCAGAAGAUGAGAAAAGAAGGAACUAUGGUGGCGUAUAUGUAGGUCUACCAGCAGACCUGACCACUGUGGCUGAGAGUCAGUCCAAGUCCACACAUAAAGACUAGCAGCUAUUGAAGGGAACACAACACAGGAUCCUGCAUAUUCAGACACUCACAUUAUAAGCAGAAAGCAUGUGCUCACCAUACACCGAAUAAUCUCUCAGGCUUUCAUUGAACGAGGAUGUGGACAGCUUGCUGAGGCUCUGAGGACGCAGCCUCAUGGAGUCAUGGGUGGCACAGUGACGCAGGGACACACCGUCGAGGUCUGCUUACGGCAUCCAUAAUCAUAAUAAUAACCCUUCACUUUGCAAAAAAAAAGAAAGAGAAAUGGGCAUCGAAGCAGACAAGCACCCACCUUGGGACUGGCAGCCAUGGGCGGCGGCGGCGGCGGCGGCGGGCAAUGUGACAGCCAUCUUGGCCUCUUGGUCGCGGCACUGAAACGUUCUCUUUCUCAGGAGGAGACAGGGGACCAGCCAACUAAAUAACUGCCUGGGACUCACACACAUUCCCAAUAGCCCUCUGCAAUAAUAACCACUGUUCAGUUGUUUCUCUAAUAUGACAUCAAUGAUUCACUGUGCGGCGGAGAGAGCGAGUCAGAGAGAAAUCAAAGCUCCCCUAUAGCAAACACAUUCCUGUUAAUACAUCAAAGUACAUCUCGGUGUUAUUGAAAAUAGCGUUGAUUUCAAUCAGGGACCUGCUGCUGCUACAUAACUCUCUGAAAAUGACACUGAUUUUAAUGAUCGGUCUAAUGGUGAUAGAGACCACGAGUUGUUGUAAUCCCGCAGUCUCCUGGGUGCAUCAGCCAGGUCGUACCUGGUGUUGUCACUUAACUUCUGCCCCAGACUGAUUAUGUAACAUCAUAUGACUCAUGAUACAGAAAUCUCUCUCUGUCUCUCUCUCUCUCUCUGUCUGUCUGACUCUCUCUCUCUCUCUCUUACUCGUGCUGUCUCUGCAGCAUGUUAUUUUUCCCCUGAAGAUCCCCUGACUUUAGUGCUGCUGGGUUAUUCACAUAGCUCAUACAGUCUCUAUCAAGGUUUCCAAAAUGCAGAACUGUCAACACAGUCUGUUCAAUCGGGUUCAUAUCUUACAACAUAAUUGUGAUUGAGCGUGUAAUAGUAAAAAACAAACAAACAAACAAAAACAUGUCAUUAAAUUACAUUCAGUUGCAAAAUAAUCAUGAGCAAAGAAAACACACUAAGAGAGACAGAAGUGGUCAGUUGUCUUUCCUCUCACUUGUUUUUCUUUCCGUUUAAUGACCCCUGCACUGAUUUUAUAACAAUCUAUUUUAUACUUUAUGUAUCACUCUUAAUUGUUCUACUGUAUGUAAUCCUCAAAGGAAAAGGCUGUUAUUCUGUAUUUUUUCUUAUUGUCAACCAAUCCCAUGAAAAUACCGAAACAAACCAGCUUUCAGGGAAAUGUUUUGGUUGUUAUCACAUGACCCAUCAUAUGAUUGUAUACUCAUUUUGGUAACACUUUAUUUUUAAGUCCCC